AGCAGCAGCAGCAGCAGCAGCAGCAGUGUUGGUGCGACCAUGAGGUCAGAGGCCUUGUUACUCUACUUCACGCUACUGCAAAUAGCCGGGGCGGGCUUCCCCGAAGACAGCGAGCCUAUUAGCAUCUCACACGGCAACUACACAAAGCAGUAUCCAGCGUUUGUAGGCCACAAACCUGGCAGGAACAACACGCAGCGGCACAAACUGGACAUCCAGCUCAUCAUGAUCAUGAACAGGACGUUAUACAUUGCUGCCAGGGAUCACAUAUACACGGUGGACACAGACACUGCCAACGGUGACGAGAUCUUUUUCAGUAAGAAAAUGACAUGGAAGUCCAGACAGGCAGACGUGGACACUUGCAGAAUGAAAGGGAAACACAAGGAUGAGUGUCACAAUUUCAUCAAAGUCCUCCUGCAGCAAAAUGAUGACACCUUGUUUGUUUGUGGAACAAAUGCUUUCAACCCCUCCUGCCGAACCUACAAGAUGGACACCUUGGAGGCUCUGGGAGAGGAGAUCAGUGGGAUGGCACGCUGUCCAUAUGAUGCCAAGCAUGCCAAUGUUGCCCUCUUUGCUGAUGGCAAGCUGUACUCGGCCACUGUAACAGACUUUCUAGCGAUCGAUGCGGUCAUCUAUCGUAGCCUAGGAGACAGCCCGACUCUGCGCACUGUCAAACACGACUCCAAAUGGCUGAAAGAGCCGUACUUUGUCCAGGCAGUUGAUUAUGGGGACUUCAUCUACUUCUUCUUUCGGGAAAUUGCCAUGGAGUACAACACAAUGGGAAAGGUGGUGUUUCCUCGGGUGGCCAGGGUUUGUAAGAACGACCGAGGUGGCUCACCUCGUGUCUUGGAGAAGCAGUGGACCUCCUUCCUCAAGUCUCGGCUGAACUGCUCCAUCCCCGGCGAUUCCCACUUCUACUUCAACAUUCUGCAGGCGGUGACAGAUGUCAUCCACAUCAACGGGAGGGACGUGGUGAUGGCAACUUUCUCCACACCUUACAACAGUAUCCCAGGCUCAGCAGUGUGCGCCUAUGACAUGGCGGAGGUAGCCAACACGUUCACAGGGCGUUUCAAAGAGCAGAAAUCCCCAGACUCCACCUGGACGCCGUUUCCUGAAGAGAAGGUUCCCAAGCCAAGGCCUGGCAACUGCGCCGGCACUCCAUCCAUGGAGAGGUACAAAGUAUCCAAUGAGUUCCCCGACGACACACUCAACUUCAUCAAGAUGCAUCCUCUGAUGGACGAGGCUGUGCCCUCCAUUGCUAACAGGCCCUGGUUCCUCAAGACCAUGGUCCGUUAUCGUCUGACGCGCAUCGUGGUGGACAAUGAGGCGGGUCCACAUAAGAACCACACAGUGGUCUUCCUGGGAUCGGAGAAAGGCAUCAUCCUCAAGUUCCUGGCCAAGAUGAACAACGGCUUCCUCAACGAUAGCCUGUUCCUGGAGGAGCUCAACGUCUACAACCCGGACAAGUGCAGUAUAGAUGGUGUAGAGGACAAGCGCAUCAUUGGCAUGCAGAUAGACAGCAAGAGUCAUGCUCUGUGGGUCGCUUUCACCUCCUGUGUGGUUAAAGUACCACUGUCUCGCUGCGAAAGACAUGGAAGAUGCAAGAAGUCGUGUAUAGCCUCCAGAGACCCGUAUUGUGGUUGGGUAUCAGAAGGAGCCUGUAGACAAGUGGUUGGCAACAUCAAAUCAGCCUUUGAGCAGGACGUGGAGCAUGGUAACACAGAUGGCCUGGGAGACUGCCAAAAUACCUUUGUGGCGCUGAACGGCCACCAUCACCACCACCAUCACCACACCCUCUCACUCCCCACCUCGGCCCUACCCGAGGCUGCCGAGGGCCCCCUGGGGCGGGGCCGCAUGGUGGAGCGGAAGGACCCCCCCAUGAGCUCAGACAAAGGGGAGGACCCCUACGUGGCCGUGCCCUCUCAGACUCAGCCCGAAGCCAAUGGUGUGAUCCGUGAGAGCUACCAGAAGGGUCGUGACCAGCUGGUUCCUGUGACCUUGUUGGCCAUAGCUGUCAUCCUAGCAUUUGCCAUGGGCGCCAUCUUCUCUGGCAUCAUUGUCUACUGUGUCUGUGACCACCGGCGGCGAGACAUGGACCUGACAGGCCGCAAGGAAAAGGACAGUCACCACCUCCACUCCCGCCGGGGAUCCAUGAACAGCGUGACUAAGCUGACGGGCCUGUUUGAGACACAGGCCAAAGAUGGUCGCCCUGAGGCAAUUCUCACCCCUUUGAUGCACAAUGGGAGAAUGACACCAAAUGGGAAGAUGCUGAUAAAAGCAGACCAGCACCACCUGGACCUCACUGCUCUGCCAACGCCUGAAUCCACCCCCAUGCAGCCACGUCGUAAGCCCAGCCGGGGAAGCCGUGAGUGGGAGAGGAACCAGAACCUCAUCAACGCCUGCACCAAGGACAUGCCACCUAUGGGCUCCCCUGUUAUCUCUACAGAUCUGCCCCUGAGGGCAUCACCGGGGCACAUCCCCAGCGUGGUAGUCCUGCCUCUGCCACAGCAUCAGCACCAGCUCCAGCCUCAUCUGCAGCAACACCAGUCCUACCAGCAUGAAUAUGUGGAGCAGCCGCACCAUAGUGACCUGAGCAUGGGCCACGUUGUCAUGGACGACCAGGGGGCCACCCUGGAGUACAAGACAGUGAAGAGCCCAUGUCACAACCUCACCAUGGUGGAUCCAGAUGGGGUGCUGCCACCUCGUGUGCCCCAACGAGAGGCCUCCCUCACCAUCCCUCCUGCUGUCCCACAGAUGGGCAAACGCCUGGAGGUCCACUCGUCAGUCUACGGGCUCCGGAAAGGAUCAGCAUCCGCUGCGUCCGGAUCCUCUGCCCUCAAGAAGCACAACACCAACUCAUCUAACUCCUCCCAUUUGGCAAGACAUCACAGCUUCAACCGUGUGGAGACUCCACCGCCUGCACCUCAGAGGGUGGACUCGAUACAAAUGACAGCACAGGGCAUAUCUCUGUCACGGCAGCCUGGAAUGAGCUCCUAUGGUUCACUGCCUCGAACGGGCAUCAAACAUCUCAAGCCUGAUGUCCCUCCCAAACCCUCUGUAGUCUCACUCUCAACAAAAGUCAAGUCCAGUGACUCCUGCACAUAGUCAGCUUGUUAGCCAGUCAGUCCAAUGUGAACAGACAGUAGUGAAAGGUUUUUCUGAAAGAGAGAAAAAAACAGGGAAUACUGUACAACUUGCAUCUCCUUUUAGUGUUUUUUGUUUUUGGUGUACAGUGGAAAAUGCAACAGUUUUUUUUUAAAAAACACUUUCUUUUUAUAUAAAUAUGUAAAUAUUAUACAAAUGGUUGUCGUCAUUUGUUGCCGUCAUAGAGCUCACGCUCUGUCUGGCUCCCAGUUCCUUUGUAAGCCCACAUGGGAACAUGUGCUACUGAAACAGAAGAAGAUGAUGCUUGUCCUGAAUAUUUCAUCCAACGGCAUUCUGUAGCAUCCAAGACGGUGGCUCUCUUGUUUGUGGUGUCUUUGGCCACCGGGACUUGACUUGAUACUUUAUCAUGCUGGUAAAAGCACAUAAGAAGACAGCCCGGGGAGUUUGGAGAGUAAUCGUUGUACAGUACCUUGAGGACUGGGGAAUCUGAGUGAGCAGGCACUCAGAGAGACUGAGCUCAGACUGAAUGGACAGAUGGCUGCCUGAGUUCUUUCGGAAACUGUGAAAAGCCUCUCAGUGUUACAGCAAUCAAGUCCUGCCUGGGUUAGAGGGAAAGCCUGGGCCAGAAGAAUCCUCUACUGUACUGGUUACUGAAUAACACAUGACUGUUAAUACUAAUAGCUCGUUGUAUUUAUUUUUAUUAAGUGCUUUUGAAAAAAAAAAAAAAAGACUGACUUUCUAGGCUCGGAGAGAGAGAGAGGACAGAGAAGAGAUCUUUUAAUAUUAAUUAAUCAAGUGUGAGAAAAAAAACUUAUUUAAAGUCAUUAAACUGGAGCCAGUACAACUUUCUUGAUGACUGAAGGUCCACUAGGUCUUACUGAGUGCUCAGUGGGGCCUGCAGCUUGAGAUAUAUGUGAAGAGGAGGAGAUAUUUAUUUAAACUGUGCCAGACAGGGACUUUUACCUUCAUGGACCAGACUUUCCAUUGUUUUAGACCAAUCAUAAAAAAAGACUUCCUAAAUCUCACCCUUUCACUCCUCCAAUGAGCCCCCCCUCUCCCCCCCUCCCAAUCAGCACUGUGGUUUUGUGUG